AUGAGUGCCUUGGCUCUGCUGCAGUUAGCAGGAGCUGGAAGGCUUCUAGAAGGCAGCUGUGGGGUGGCAGAAGGCUCAAGAAGCACCAGCUGGUGCCGAGAGGACCUGCGGCUUUUGGAAGGUAGUCGUUUUGGAAAAAGGCUUCGAGGAAUCGCAUGCAACGUGGAGUGUGUCCGCCACCCCCACCUGCGACCCGACCCCCAGCCUCGGGGUAAGCGCAUCUUCAGCUCCUGGUUGAGGCUGUCUCUGGAGGGGUGGUGGGUCAACUCUCCAAGGCAGUCCAGGGCGCUGGGGCGCUGCAAAUUGCCAGGCGCUUUCAGUUCUGUCCGAAAACCUCUUUCAAAAGUUGGAAAACUUUUUCCGCGCUCAGACUGCAGGAGAGAAAACAAGUCAGUGGCAGAAAGUAAAGGAAAGCAAAGCUGUGUGGGCCGCAGUGUGCGCGCGUUGGGCAGGAAGGCCCCCCGACACUCCCGCUCCGGCACUUCCCGCGAGGACCCUGAGUGCCGCGGCGGGGGCGACAGCGCAGGGCUCUGGGCGGGGCGAGCGAGGGUGGCGGAGGGCUCCUCUUGUUCCCCCUCCUGCCCGUGCGCGGGCCGCGUCCCCCUCCUGUCCUCCCCGGUCGGCCAGACCGGGGUGAAGUUCGUGCCCGGCGGCGGGUGCGUGUCCCCGGGGCCGGCGUCCGAGCCCUGCGCGGUGCCCUUCCCGUCCCGCGCACUCGGUCGCCGAGUUCUGGGCCGAAGCGACUCCCCGGGCCCUGGCCGGGACGGGAGACGCUCGUGCGCCCCGCGGAGCCGGCCGCGGGUCCCAGGCUGCCCUCCCCAGACCACACUUGUGGCGGUGGGUGGGGCAGAAGUGGAAAAGACGAGGAUUCGGGGCGCCACCCCCAGAGCUGCUGUAACUAUGAUGUGUAAGAGAAAAGGCACAGGAGGAGGAGGAAACAAGAAGUGUGCUACAGGAGGGGAGGAGAGCUUCACUCUCCUUGACUGUGCCUUUACCCCUCUCCUGUUCCUUGUUGAAAAUGAGCCCAUGAGCACAAGUCAGAAAAAGGAAAAUGUACUUUCAUCAGAAGCAGUAAAGACUCUACAAAGUGAAGACAAAAGGAACUAUGCUGAGAAACCAAUCACUCUUCCAACACAGGAAGAUCUGAAAAGGCCAAAUGAUCUUUCCAGUGCCACUUCAGAUGCCAAAAUAGGAGAAAAUGACAAACAGCCGAAAGAAAGCUUUCUUCAGUUUCUUGGUAAUUUAUUCAAUAUCUCAGGAAAAUCAUCUCUUAGUGAAGCUAAGCAAUCUUCUUUCAAAGAUGACCAUGAUAAAACUGAUAAAGAUUUGCAGCCUCCCAGUCCUCGUCAUGAGGAAGGGGUCAGAAGGGAGGAGAUUCUCAGUGGCUCCCUGAGAACCCAGGUGCUUCCAACGGAAGAUGAGUCCAACUCAACUGAACUCUCAGAUACCUUGUCUUUGGAUACAACACAAGACAGUGAGCAGGAAACCAGUGACUUGCUAAAACAAAUUGAUGGUAAACCAGAGAGGCCUUCAGUGACAUAUGCGACAUAUCGAGGCCCCAGACAAAUUAGGAAAUAUUUAAAACAACAGACCAUGUUGACAACUGUGAAUACCUUGGACAGAAAAAAUGAAAGUUCGGACUGUAGUACAAACACAAAGGCUGGCCCUACAGGUGAGAUUGAAGCUGAGGUAUUGCUAUCCUUGUCAUCAUCUGGCACGGACUCAUCUAAGAAAGGAUGUUUGCUUGGAGGCCUGUUAGAAAACUCUGACUGCAGCAAAAUAAGUCUCAACACAGAAAACCAUCUGGCAAACAAUCCAGAACUGCAAGACAUUGCUUCUUCUAAGGAUCUUUUAAAUAAAGAUAAUUUUGGUGGCUCUGAGAGAGAUGGGCCAUCCCCUUCAUCUGUGACUAACUCCAGCUACUCUAUUGGACAAUCUGACCCACAACAUCAUUUAAGUUCUCUACCAGUUUCUCAGACUGACAGAAAUUUGGUAUGUUCAACAUUGUUUAUAGAGAGUACCGGUAGUGAAGUCCCUUGCAGUCCAGAUUUUCAGAAGGUAACUCCAGCAGAAAGUACUGUGAAAGCAAAUAGCUCUGUGAUGAGUAUCAGGACAUGGAUGCAAAGAGAAGAGCCUCGGAUCCCUGCUAUUUUUGACUUCUCUUGCAGUAAAUCUGAUGGGAGUGACACUACUGAGCAGAAAACGAUAAAUUUGCCAAGUCCAGAUAAGUCAAUUAGGCAUGAAGAUCUGCAGUUGCCAGAAAGUAAGUGUUCUGACAAGCAGACCAUAGAUAACUCAUCAAAGCAGUCUGCCAAUCAUGCCAAUGCCAUUGCUCCUCAGAGACAUGCUGUGACAGACUCAGAACUUGUAAAUGAAGGAAAGAGGUUGUCUGCCCAAGACUCACAGAAAAAUGUGGCUGUUACAGAAAUCACACAAGGAACAGAAAGUGCCUCAGCUGGUGAACCCACAGCUUCAAGUCAUGUAAAAGCUCCAGUAGGUAGAGUGGAGUCAUUACCCAAAGAUAGUGACCAAUUGUUUGAAACAGAAGCCAAAAAGCUUGAUUUUGGGCCACAUGACAGAAUUCCUCAAAUUAUUGGCAUAAAUAAAAAAGACGCAAUCUCUGUAAAUUACAUCAGUGAAUCGGCAGUUGUACCAUGCUUAGAAAAUAAAAUAGCACCUGAAUUGAAUUAUGAACUUAACAGCAGUCACAUUGCAGAAUCUUUUCUUGACUCUGAGAGUCCUCAGCAAGUCAAAGUUUCACAUGAUGCUAAAACAUCUCUUACCCUUUACUGUAAAAAAUCUAAUUUCAAUACUUCACCUCCUGCCUUUGUUUCUGGAGUUGAGAUGCUGUGCAAGCUGGAUAUUCCUGCUUUAAAGAACGGGGGUUCUUCUUUGCUUAUUGAAACUGGGAAUGUCAGCGUUGCUGAUAUUUCCUGUCAGCCUAGUAGGUGUCAAGAAAAAAGUGCCACCAAUCACACUGAGGCUAUAGACAGGAAGUGUUCUCCUCUUCACCUUGAGCAUGCAUCUGCAGUUCUUGAAUCUAAGGAAAGUCUUCCUGAUAGUGAAAAACGCCGAGUGCCUCUACAUCCCGAAGCCAGUGGCAUGCACUUAACUGGGAUGGAGACACUGAGCUUUGAGCCUGGAAGCCUCUCUAAGGAUCACAGUUCCAUUUCAUCUCAAGGCCCUAUUAAGGCAGAGUUAGUGCCUUCAAACACUAUAGCAAGUAAGAACACAACUGAGAAGUCUUACUCUUUUUCCUUGGAAACCAAAACUGAUAACAUUGCUAAAAGUUUAUCAAAAGCUGAAGUUAGUGGUCAUAACAGUGUUUCUGUUGAGUCACAUUCUGGAAGAGGAAAAAUGACAACCUUGUCCGAGGUACCUAUUUCCCAAACAGAGCCCAGGGACGUUUUUCAGGAUAAAAUUUCUUCUUCAUUCAAAGGAACUGUUGUGCCAGAGAAGCCUAUUUUGUCAGAGUUAAAUUCUGUAGAGGUUGCACAGGACAAAAGUUUUCAAUCUAUGGAUCAUAAGGAUAUUAAAGAGAAAUAUCCAGAUGCUGGCCUUAAAGAGACGUGCCAAACCGAGGCUUCUCCUUCUGUCUCCCAAUAUCAGGGUAUACAAGAAACGAAGGUAGAUGCCUUAGGCGGUCCUCUUGCUCUUCUGGAAAGGAAUAGAUCUGGGGUUGUGCUGCCUGUUCAUGAUGAGACAGUCACUAGGCAAAUGGCACAGAACUGUGAAGCUAACGCCUGUAUGUUUCAAUCUUUGAAGAUGUGUGGGACUAAAAAGAUUUGUGUUUUCUCAGAAAUGGCAGAACUCAACUUAUCUAAUAUUUCCCCCGAAUUCCAAGAAAUGGAUUGCACCAAAGUAAAUUCACCUUUUAUGAGUUCUGAUAUCAAUCUGGAAAAAAAUGUUUUUGCAUCUGAAAAUUCAAGCCUUCUUAAUAUGCCUUCCGUGCUGAGAUCAGAAAAGAAAGCCUCGUCUCACAGAAAGAAAGAGGAGAAAGGGGACACUCAUUUUCUAAGCAGUGGUAUGGUUAGUGUAUCUUUCUCCUCUAGUCACUCUGAAGAAGUUAGUCUGUUUAUAAAUUCACAUACACCUUCAAAUAAUUUUGAUUCUUUAAAGGUUACCCAAGAUCUCAUUCAUGAAGGUACCUCCUUAACUAGCCUGCUGUACCCUAAUAGCUCUUAUUUGGAACUUGAAACACCUCUCUCAAUAGGGGCAGAAGUGACUCCUUCUCAGGAACAUUUUGGGAUUCAUCCUCUGAAGGGGUCUCUUGAUUUCCCAACUGCUGCCCAGUUUGACAGUCCCUUGGAAGCAGAGACUGAAGCAGUUGCUGGCGCUGCAGCGUCAGUUAACAGCUCCAGCCCACAGUGUUCUGAAGCAUCUGCUGAGCACAUAGAAGCUGGGAAAAGAGCACAUGACCAACUUUUGGACCUCAGAAGUGGAUUACUCAAAAAGGCUGAUACAUUGACUGAUGAGAUUUUAAAUUCUGCCAGGGAAGAACUAAAAUCCAAACACAUAGUUGGUACCUGCCAGGAGCAUACAGCCAUAGAUGGUGUAAUGAAUCCAGGUACCCUGAAAGAAGACAUUCCCGAGAAAAACUCACCAGAAGUGACAUUAACAGGGAUCCAGCCAGCAGAGUGUUUGGAAGAGCAUGGUGCAGAAAGCAUGUCAGAAGUCAGAGAAGACAAGGAGGCCUGUGUUUCACCUACAGUUGGUGAGAAGAGUCUCAUUUUUGAUUCUGAUAGAAUGAAUGUAUCUUGUUCAUUAGAAGAUCGAGCUCGGGAAAUGGUCAAUAAGAUUAUUUAUUCAGCCAAAGAGAAGUUGAUAAAUGAUGCUGAUGAACAUAGUGAGGAUACUUGGGAUUCUGAACUUCAGGCUAAUACUUCAAAAAUUCUGAACAGUGAUAGUGUUAAGCCACAUGAUAUGGUUAGGGAUCUCUUGAUAUCAGAACAGGCAGUAAAUCAAAGCACACAUGAAAUCGGUGAAAAUAAAAUAUUAAGUAAAUUCUUCUCUGUAAGUGACUUAGUUAGUGGCACGGAGUCAAUUAAAGGAAGAGAAAUGGUUCUUUAUCAGAAGCCCCCAUUUUCUGGAGAUGAAACUGGACAAUUUGGUAGUAUAAAUUUGCAGGAAUCAGAUACUGUUUUCCUGGAGGAAGACCUGCCACAUAAAGAGUUAGAUGAUAGGGUAGAAACACAUUUGCUUUGCAACGAGGACUGUAAAAAGGCAGCAGAAGUACAGUGUAGGGAUAAUCACAAAGGCAGGACUGAGGAUGCAAGAACUCUUGUAUUAAAUUUCAAAUGGCCUCCAUUUGUGAAUGAUGACAUCCAUACACCUGGUACAUCCAAAAGCAGUUUGUCUGAUAGUCUUGUGUGUGUAUCUGAAAAAAGCUUGCCAGGGCACGGUAAAAACACACCCCUUGUGACAUCAGAAAUAGGGAAAGUACACAAAAAGGAUAAUGAAGUAACCAUAGGAAAAAUUGAGCUUAUACCUUUCAUGUUAGAAAUGGGGGAAACGAGCAAAAAGGAUGCUGAAUUGAAUAUUAUGAAACAUGAGGCAGUCCCUUCUAUGUUAGAAAGAAGAAGAGCACAUGUGACAGAUGCUGACAUGAAUCUCACAAAAAUUGAGCCAAGAGCUGGUGUUUUUAAAAUGGGAGAAGCGUGUCAAAUGGAUACUGAGUGGUGUAUUGAAAAAACUGAGGGGUUACCUGUCAUUUUGGGAAUGGAAGACUCUUAUAAGAUGAAGGAUACCGAAGGGGAUGUUGGCAAAACUGAGAUGAUGAUGCCUGUUAGGUCGGAAGUGAAAAGUAUUCACCAGAAGGAUGCUGAAUGGGAUAUUGCAAAGACUGAGCUGACACCUGUUACAAAAGAAUUGGAAAAUAUUUACCAAAAGUGUACUGAAGGGGAUGUUGGCAAGACUGGGGUGACACCCAUGUCAGAAAUGGAAAAAGAUGGUGAGGGGAUUACUGAAAAGGCUGAAGUGAUACCUGUUAUGUUAGACAUAGAAGAUAUUCACCAGGAGGAUGCUGAUGGGGAUAUUGCAAAAGCUGAAGUGACACCUGCGAGGUUAGAAAUGGAAAAUACUCACCCAAAGGGUACUGACAGAGAUAGUGCCAAAACUAAGCUGAUGCCUGUUGUAUUAGAAGUAGUAAAUAUUUACCAAAAAAAUGUUGAAGCAAUCACCAGAAAGACUGAGAGACCUGUGUUGGAAAUGGAAACUACUUACCAAAAUGCUACUACAGAGGUCGUUAGGAACACUGAGAUGGUCCCUUCCGUGCUAGACGGGAAAGAAGUACACAAGAAGGCAGCCCCCAGCUCCUUAGAAAUGGAAAAGACAUGUGAGAGGGAUGCUAAAGAGACUAUUGGAACGAUGGUGUCCAUGCCCUCUAUGGUAGAAAUGGAAAAAACAUUCCCAGGUGAUUCUGGUGGUAAUAUUGGGAAGCAUUGGGAAGGUCUACUCACCGUGGUAGACAUUGAGAAAACAUAUGGAACAGGACUGGAGUUGACUGUUGCACAAGAGGAGGCCAUAUCCCCUGUGUCUGAAACUGUCAAAGCACUUCAAGAGUAUCCUGAAGGGAGUGUUGGAGAAAUGAAGGAAGAGCCCACUGAAAUAGAGGAAGGCUUGAUAGCGCAUGACAGUAGACUGGCCUCACAUUUCAGGGGGUAUGAGUCACCUACAUUAAGUAAGGAUUAUGAGGGCUACCCAGCCUUAGCACUGCCACAUUUUCAAUCUGAGGAUACCAUAGUAAGGCUAGAUAAAAGAAUGUCUGUUACAAAGGUAUAUAACAAAAGGAGAGAGAGGGAUUGUAGCGAUGACAGAGAGGAGUAUAAUUUAGCCUUUGUUUCUCAGGAUGACCAAGAAAACUCUUCCUUCACUAUAUUAUAUGAAGAGCCCCUUCAAGAUGAGGAUAGGUAUCCCUCUGCAGAAGCAAGAAGAACGCAGUCUGUCUUGUUUCCCAAUGUGUCCCCUGACAACAUGCCUGUUCUGGUCUGUGAAAGGUCUGAGAGCAGAACUGACCUUGUCCAUCACUUUGAAAAAGAUACACAACUAGGUGAGACAUUUGAUAGUGAUAGUUCAGAAAUGUUCUUAUCAGUGGAGGCCAAAAAGUACAAGAUUUAUACUUUAGCUCUAUCUCCCAUUUAUGAGGAUGACAGCUCCCAGGAGGACAUUCUAUCCAGUGAGGCCUCACCAGGUCACCAUGGCUCCAGGAAGUCAAGAGACAGUGAGAACCAGUCCUCCUCUGUUUUAUCUCUCCUCCAGUCAGUAUCAGAGCGCUUAAAGAUGAGUUUUGAUGAAGACAGCAGAAAGGCAGGGGAAGAAGAGGAGGAGGAGGAAGAGGAGGGGGAGGAGGAGGAAGCAGCAUUGCAUAAAGGAGGUCUGAGAGCUCGAAGGAGGGAGCAUGUUACCUUCCAGUUGUCAGAUCCUUCCAUCACAUUUUAUCCUGAGGAUGACCAGGAAGGCACUGGAAUUUCUAAGAACUCGUAUGUGAUGUCAAAUGAACCUACUACCUCCAGUCUGCAAAUUGGUCUGUGGCCAGAAAAGACCUCAUGUCUCCAAAAAUCUGACCUUACUUCUAAACUACAUUCUUCUUUAAAGAGUGCUUAUCAUCAGUAUUUGCAGACUUCUAAAACUCAUCCCUCAGAAAAAGGAGCCAGAUUUGGUGGAAUUUUUCAGGAACCAGUAUCACAGUAUUUCCGUGUUCAAGAUAACCCAGGCAGAUUGAGCCCCUUCAUACUGAAUGUUGACAAACAAAUGUUGAGAUGUAACCCAAGACCUGGGAAGAUGGUUAUCUAUGAUCUUCAUGAGAGUAAAUAUAAACAGGAAGUCUACUGUGAUAUUCCUGAUGCAACUUCAUGGUCCUUUCCAAAUGGGGUUCUAAUCAAAGUUGUAAGGGGCUGCUGGAUUUUAUAUGAGAAACCACAUUUCCAGGGUCAGAAACGUGUAUUAGAAGAAGGGGAAAAGGUGUUAAAUCGUGACUGGAUUCUGCAGAACAGAAGGCAUCCACAGAUAAACUUUGUAUUGGGUUCAAUCAAACGUGUCUUAAAGGAUUGCAGCAUUCCAGAGAUAGAGCUUUGCCCACAGUCUGACCCAUCCUCUUGUCCUACCUACAUACAGCAAGCAGUCCCCAACUUGGAAGAACUGAAUAUCCCCAAAUCUGUGACCUUCACUGUGAAAUCAGGAGUUUGGCUUGCCUAUCCAGAUAUUAAUUUUAAGGGGCAAGCUACAGUUUUAGAGGAAGACCAGGGCCUCUUUGAGAUUUCUGCAGCAGAAAUGAAAUCAUUGCAUCCUCUUCAAAUGGGUGGACUGAAAGUGGAAAUGCCUAUGAACUUAAAGGUUAUUAUUUAUGAAAAACCACAUUUUCAUGGACAAGCCAAAGAGUUUAGUGAGCAUAUAGAUUCUGUCCCUGAUUUCUUGAAAAACGAUAAAGACUUUCAUGGAAUUGGAUCAAUUCGUGUCAUCGGUGGAGUAUGGGUUGCCUAUGAAAAAGAACAUUUUAAAGGCCAGCAAUUCCUGCUUGAAGAAGGAGACUUUGAAGACUAUAAUGCUUGUGGUGCAUUAAGUGGCCCCAUCUUGUCUUUCCGGUACUUACAAGCUAAUUUUAUAGAAUCUUCUAUUACACUGUUUGAUUCUGACCUAGAAAGUGGGAAGUUUAUUGACAUUACAAAUCAGGAAAUUUCUGACUUGGAAGAAAUUGGCUUUGGCAGUGAAACAAGAUCCAUUCAUGUUAAAAGUGGAGUAUGGGUUGCCUACCAGCAGAAGUUCUUCUGUGGAGAACAAUACAUUUUAGAGAAAGGGAAAUACAAAUGCUUUUUCGACUGGGGAGGGUCAAAUAAUAUAAUCAUGUCCAUACGGCCUAUCCAGCUGGAACCACUUGGGAUAAAUGAGCCUCCACAUUUGCUCAAAGCAUUCAGUAAACCAGGGUUCCAAGGUGAAGGUCUAGAUUUUACAGAAGAAAUUUUGGACUUCACUUCAUUCACACCACAUUCUUUUAAAAUUCUUCGUGGUUGCUGGCUCCUCUCCUACCAAGAGGACAUUUUUGAUAAUCAGUGUGUGUUAGAAGAAGGUCUCUAUACUGACCUUACUUCCUGCGGCUGCCCAGAAUCUAGAGUCAAAUCUCUCAAGCCCAUUGACUACGUUUUUGAAGAGCCCUCCAUCAGCCUUUUUGCUCUGGAACAUUGUGAAGGAAGAGAGUUACACCUAGAAGAGGCUGUGAACUCUGUUCUGAACAAGGACUUGCACUUCUACACGCAGUCUGUAUGGGUGAAGAGUGGACUAUGGAUAGCUUAUGAAGGAUCCAAUUUCUUGGGAAGACAAAUCCUACUUGAGCCUACUGAGAUCCCAAAUUGGACAGCGUUCAGUAGGUGGAAAACAAUUGGUUCCCUUCGUCCCAUGAAGCAGCCUGCAGUGUACAUCAGAAUAAAGAACCGAGGCCUGGAUGAGUACCUGACAGUCACUGGAAACCUGGCAGACACAAGGUCAACAUCUGUGUGCCUCUCUCCCUACAGUGGGAAGAAUACUCAGAUCUGGCACUACUGUCGGGGACUCUUUAAAUCCAAGGCCAGUGAUACCUGUCUUGAUGUGAUCGGUGGGCGGGACACACCUGGAGCUAAGGUGGCCCUGUGGACAGAACAUGGACAAUUCAGGCAGAAGUGGAGACUGAAUAAAGAUGGAACCAUCAGCUCUUAUCUCAGUGAUCAGCUCGUCCUUGAUGUUAAAGGAGGAAAUUAUUGUGACAAGACUCAUGUCAUUGUAAAUCAGCCCCUGGAGGGAGAAGAAACACAGAAAUGGGACAUUGAAAUAUUGUGAGAGAAUCAACAAUAUCCCUAGAAAGAGCAAAGGAGGUACACAGAAAGGAAUCGCCUGCCCUCACACUCCUGGAUCACUGAGCAGUAUCAACCGUUUCCUUGACCUAAGACCAUGGCUCUUAACCGUGGAAAAGCUCAAGAUAUUCUUGCCAGUUAUUCAGUGUUCCAGUGAAGAAAACGUUAUGAUCCUUGGCAAGGUUCUCUUCCUAAUUGAGCUCCAGUUGUGGUGGGAAAGCUUCCUGAAGUCUGUAUUUUCUCUCCUGUCCACCAAAAAUGAAUCCUAUUUCUGAUGGCCCAAUUACAGGAAACUGGUGACGGCAUCAUCCUCUACCAGUAAAUAUCCUACUAGGUGCUUGUGUGAAUACAAACUCCUUUAGGUCAAGUCAUACUUUUGCAAAAAAAGAUGAGUAAUUUCUAGCAGCAACUAAAAUGUAUUGCAUAAACCUUCCUAUUAAGCUGCUGUAUUAGAUACACCUUAAACUUACUAGACUGAGGCUUUUAGAACUGGAGCAUCCCAAAAGUAUUUCUACUUGUAACUGCCCCAGGGAGGGAACUCAGCUUUGUUAGGAAAAAGGCACAAGUAUUAGUAUAUUUUCUGUAGCCGUUCUUCUGCAGUCCUUCAGACCAAAAAAGCACAAAUAACCAAUGGCCAAACUCGCACUCUGUUAGUGUUAAGAAAAACGGGCCUUUAGGUGACAAGAUGGACAUUACCUGUUCCUACACUGAGGCGUCACCCCAGAUUUUGCCUGAUCUGCCCUCAAGAAACAUUUCCUAAGGACUUUGUCAUUUAAGUAUAAGAAUAGUCAAAUUUGUCUUUGCCUGAAGUAAAGAGAAAUUUUAAAUGUUCAAAUUAAAGUAUUUGAGCUUUUACCUUACCAUCUUACUUUUCAAGCAAAAGUGGAGUUGAUUUCUCUAUGAAAUGACAGAAAACUCAGUUUUCACUCCCAUUUUAAAUCGCUUUAAGUAAAAUUCGGUAGGAAAUCAUCUUUGACUUAGUUUCCAGUAGUCAUUACCACCUUUAACUGCACAAUUCUCAAGCAUUUUUUUCCCUCCUGAGUUGGAUUUAAAACUACAAUGAGACAGCUGUUCCUUGUAUCCCCAACUUUUGCUAGAAAGCAGAAAAUGCUCUAUUUUUAUAUAUAAAGAUUAAAAUUCUCCAGUGAUAUUUUUUAAAAUAUCAACCUAUAUGCACUUUAGAAUGUAAAAUAACAGUUAACAGUUUAAACUCAGAUGAAGACCCACUAUUUUGAGUAUUUUUUAUAGACUUGGUCUUUCCAUGUAAAUAUUGGGGGUUUUUUCCUUCAAUCUCAGGCUCUUAUCAUCUGUAAAACUCCCUUAUGUCCACAGAUGUUGAAUGCCUCUCAUUGGUGUGGCAGUAUUAUUUAAUGAAAUUUACAUCACAGGAAUAACUAUUUUAUUGGGGGGUCUUGUGUAUACCCAAAGGUAUGUAUACUUUCAUUGUAAAAAACCAAGUUAAAAAUUGUUCUUCUUUGUGUUGUUUAAAACUUUUCUGGAGCCAAUGAGGCUCUUUAAAGAAGCUGUUUCUUCCAAAGACAAAGCCAAGUUAACGACAUUUAAUUCGAAAUGAUACAUUUAUUGAAGUUGUGCCUUUUCUACCACACUGGAUUAAAUAAACGUGUCAAAAGUA